UGCUUAUUAACUUGCGGCUCGUUUGAAGAACGGGGUAACAACUAAUACAAACCAUUCGCUGACAUUUCAUGCUAAAACAUCAGUUGUUUUUACCUGUAUUCGUAUUGCAUUCUACAUUGAUUAGCUACAUUUCAAUUUCGGAGCAGAUUUGCAGAACAGCACUCAAUCCACGAAGGAUGACUGAUCGGACAAGCACGAGGAAUGCAACAGGUCUAUAUAAUGUUGUGGAUGAAUAUGAAGUCUCCUUCCCCUUUGAGGAGAACCAGGGCCGGUCUGCCUAUCUGAACCAGAGUGAGCAGAUUUUGGAAGAGUCGGCUUCUGAAAUGCCUCCGCACUACAGCCCGUUCAUGCUGAUCACCAACCUGCGCACCCACCUUUGUGUGUCCCUGGAGAAGAAUUCGUGGCUGCAGAAGCGCAUCGAGGACCUGGAGGAGGAACGCAACUUCCUGCGCUGCCAGCUGGAACGCUUUGUUUCCUCCAUGAGGACGCCGGAGAGCAACCAUGUUUAUCCCGAAUCCCAACACACUAGUCUGAACUACACUACUCUGAAACCUCCACCAGAGAGAGCUCCAAGCCCUCCUCCUUCACCCAUGACCACCAGGUCUGGAAUGCUACGGAAACACGUCCAGAGCCAACCUCACACAUGUAGCAGCAGAGUACCUGUAAAACAGGAGGUGCGUGUGAUCGAAGAAGAUAAGUACUUUGAGGAAGACGGUUAUAUGGAGGAAGAGGAAGUGGAAGAGGAUGACGAUUCAUCGGACGAGAAGAUGUCCAAGAAAAAGGGAUCCAGGAAUGGUGGGGAGCCGAGAAUGAAAAUGAGACGGGUUUUCCGGAUUACUCGGGGCAAGGAAAGACAAAGAGUGAAAGAUCCUGACGGUGUGCUCCACCGGUACCAGAAGAUCCUCCUCACCUACCAGCGCCUGAGGAGCAUGUCCAAGGCCUUCCAGGUCCACCGGGUGGACCGCAACACUAUGGCCUCCACAUCCCCCAUCGCCGAGCUGCUGCUGGUAGCCCCAGAGAAGGUGGCCGAGGUGGGCGAGUUUGAGUCUUCCAAGGAGAAGCUCCUGGACUACGCCCGUCGCUGCUACAAGGCCCUGGACGAGCCCAUGCAUGCCAAAGUGGCAGCCAUGAAGAAGAACCACCUGCUUCUGCCCAUCUCCUACAGGUUCAGAAACUAAUGGAGGGUCCUUUCCUCCUAUAGGUUUAGACAUGGAGGGAAGGUAGACUGAAAAGUUAUUGACCUUCAUGGGGAGUCACACUUUUUUUUUUUUGACCUCUUCUCUUGAAAUAUCUUAUUCAUUGUGUUUGAAACAUUUUCCGAAGGGCUAAUUGCAGGAUUACCGCAUUGGGGGCACCGAGGGUAGUUUUUUGUUGUUGAGCGAGAGAUAUGUUUACACUUUUUUUUGAAGGAAAGAGAUGGAUUUUGUGUAAACGGUUGUAGUCUGUCACUGUAUUAACUAAAAGCCACACACGGGAUAAUUUUGUGAUGUAGCAACACACUGGAUAAUUUUGUGACAUAGCCUAUUACAGCAGUUACACAGAAAAAUAAUGUUGGCUCCAUCCUGCUGUUCAUGUUAAUUGGAUUAAGUUUUUAUAGUCUUUGAUUCAUGGCUCUUUCAUUGUCAGGUGGCACAGCAGAAUAAUGAUCUGCGGUGUGAGUUUCUGCAUGAUUCAUGAAUGGUAGAAGCACUGACAUACUGCAGACACCGUAUUCCUUCCUUUGAGAGCCCUGCUAGUUUUUGGUUAGAUGACUGCCAUUCAGGGAAAUAUGUUCUACAAGUUUGCGGAGUCCAAAUUAAUGGAAAAUGUGAAGAAUUUGAGUAUACAUCAAAUGCUGUUUUGAUGGUAAAGACCGUUAAUGGACAGGCACACCGUUCUGAGCCGUGGGUUUAAAGAAACUCCACCUGUACAUGUUUAUUUGUUUUCAUUGUUGAAUCAUUUGUUAAUACCUGAUCCACAGCUACAAUAUUAUUUUGUUAAUUUAUGUAUUUUACAUUUUAUUUCCACAUUUCGAUAGUAUAUUGAGGUCAGUGAAAGCGGUGUAACCCAUCUGCUGUACAAUAAUAAAAAAAACAUUGUUUGCGCAAAAUGCA